AAAAAACCAACCACUAGAAGAAGAGAACCGUGCUCGAGGUGCAGAGCGCGCGCGAGCUUGCAGGGCGAAGACGACUUGAAUUUACUAUUUAUAGCAAUAUUAGUUAUUCAGCCACUUGUAAGCGAGAAGGAGGACAAAGAGAAGGAGAAAGUGCAAACAGAUAAUUCGGAUUACACAGUAGGCAGAACUGCAAUGUCUAGCCAAAGUAUUCGUAUGUUUUAUAGCCAAGCCUAGAGAAACAAACUGAAAUCUACGAACCCGGAAGCGGGGAUCAUUGUGCACUAGUAGCGCGUCCCUCUAGCAGGCCUAAAAGGCUACGCAUCCCUUAGUAUCACCCCCACCGAUAACUCGAUGUUUGAGGGAUGUGGAUUGUCUGCCGCUAAUUUUGCCCCUUUACGUUUCCAAUAGGCAAGAUGCCACAGGUGGGGUACGAAUGCAAAAAAAGUGUACUCAUCUCCACCAUCAAAACCACUACUAGCAGAGCAGUACUUACUCACACGGAAACUCUCGAUGUUCGAAUAUAUAAAGAGACGCGCGCGCAUCCCAUUUUAAGCAACCUUCAUACUCGUGUACUAAUUAAUUAAAAACAAAAAAAAACAAAACAAAAGACGAAAAAAAAGCUAUUAACUACUAGAGUCUAUUGGUGGCUACCACUCUCCCACUCCCCAUCCUCUUCCCAUUCACCCUCUCUUCUAGGUCGAUCGUAGUGUAAUGGUGCGAUGAUCAUGAUCCUCUGGAAGAACGAAGCGAACAAAUGUUACUCAAUCUUUUAUCAUGCACGCACUCAUACACAUAAAAUGCAGACGCACAGGAUAGCGCACACGAAAAGUACCCCCCAUUCGUCUCUUAGGCACAAGGAUUUUUAAGUAGAAGCAGUAGAAGAGGAAAACAGGAAGGUCAUUUAGUCAGUAUCCCCUCUGCCUGCGUAUGAUAAGCAAAUCGGGUGAGGCGGCCCGCCCUUACUCUUUACUUGUAGUUACCUACUACUAGGGGUGGACCGACGAAAGCGCACACUGAUAGCAAACACACACGCGCCGCAUGCACACACACACACACACACACACAUCCCACUUAUACCCGGAGGAGUAGUUCACUGUAAACCACAUAAGGACAAGUGAAAGCAAUCAUUUUAUGGGGCUGUUUUUAGCUUUAAACAAGAGCCAACAGGAGCAUUCUGCUGCUGUUGCUGACCAUGUGGCGCAAAUUGUGUGGCACAAUCCGCCAGCGGCAGCACACACACAUACAGUAUGAUGCGCCUCAGCAGCCUCAGUCCACCAUCAACGAGAUAAGUAUUGUGUUCAAUGGUGAGCCGAGGGUUCUCCUCGAGAGCAAAUGCGCGUGGUGCGCUUUCUAGUAGGUUAUACACCCUUCUACUUUCGUACAGUUUUAGCUUAUGUGUAGCGUUUACAAGAAAACCCAGAGAGCUUGUUUUAGUUAGGUUUUUAUAAAAAGGAAGAAAAAGAAAUACGAGCUCGGGCUCAUAAAACUCACUAAAAGGAGGAGGGAGUAUGAUGAAUGGAUAAUGGAGCGUGCUAAUAUGCUACUCUUUGGGUUUCCGCCACCAUCUAGCCGCUUUUUAUGCGUUACAUAUGCUUCUUGUGAUUAAACUAUGCUUAGAUUCCCCCGUUUAAUAGGGCUAGAUAGCUGGUGUUUCUGGGCGCCCAGAGCAGAGAAAGCCAAAUAGCAGCAGCAGCAAAGAAAGUAGCGUUGUCCUAGCCAAAAAUUCAAGAACAAAUAGAGAACAAAUUGAGCCACUAAUGCGCCAUCAGCGAUGGAGACACAGUGGGGAAUUCAUGCGAUGGUCACCUUGUACAUAUUAGUAGCAGAAGAAAUUAGGCUAGCCACCUGUUCGUGUGUGCGUGUGUGUGUGUGUGUGAAAGAGAAAAAGAGACGAGAAGACAAGUAUGUAGAAGGAGCAAUUGUGCCACAGGAUUAUCUCAUUUUCUUUUCCGUGGUGCGCGCGCGUGUGUGUGUGAUGUGUGUUUGACUCCUUCGUGAAGAAAGAUAAGAAAAAAUAACCUAAGUACAAGAGUGAAUUAGCAACUAACUAGGGAGGUCGCUGAUGGAGGUAUUUGAUGGUACACGGUACCAGAGAAGGAAAUGAAGGUGAGAACGGAAGGGAAACGGAAACAAAAGGCAUUCAUCAGGCCCCACUGGUUACCACACUCUCCCCCUGUACCCCAUCAUUCUCCAAACAACUACCCUUUGGAAAGCUCUUGGAUGAUUGUAAAGGAUGGCGCAACACACCGUUUACUCGACAUGAGAAACUCAUAUUUCAAGCAUAACGGACGGGGGGGACGCAACAAACAAGUAUAUAAAUAUAUAAAUAUAAUAAACAAAA